AUGACAGCAGCAGAUUCAAACGAUCGCAGCGCCGCGGCGACGGCAAGCAGUAGCACCACCGAACACCCCUUCCAGAACGUCGCCCCAGCGCGCCACAUCGAGCGCAUGCGCCGGCACAAAACUCAAAAGAACGAGCUGGGAAUCGCCCUCUCCGAAGUUUUUCUGGGGAUCGCGCUCGCAGAGGAGGACGAAGACGACGACGACGACGAGAACAAAAAAGCGAAAGCGAAACAAGAAGAAGAAAAGGCAAUCGAAAUCGGCUUCGCAUGCCACGACGGGACGUAUAACAUCGACUUCGCGGUGCAUAGCCUCCGAUCGCCAGAAGCGAAGAAGCAGAAAGACAUCGCGGACUACGUGGUGCGGCGAAUCGGAGAAUACGAGCGGGAAAUGUCGUAUAAAUUCGUCGGGGCGGGGUUAUCGCGCGCCCUCGUGGAGACAUGUCCGGAGAUGUCGUCGAGGCUGUGGAGUGAAUUGGAUAUUGUUCCCGUUGUGAUUGUCAAGGAGGAAGUGGGGGAAGAAGAAGAAGAAGAAGAAGAAGAAGAAGGCGGGAGGAGUCGUUUGCAGCGGAAAUCCGCCCAGGGAGGAGGAGGAGUGGAUGAGAUGGCCGAUUCCAUGGCUCGGAAGUGUCUGGAAUUUUUCGGUCCGAGUUUCCAACCUCGCGUGGAGGUGGGGUUCGCGAAUCGGGUGGAGGUGGAUCUCUCCAAUCGGGCGCGAUUGGCGAGCUUGGAACAGUAUCGCGCCACGGUCAAUGCGCGGACGUGGAAAGCGGCGACGAAGUACGCGGAAUCGCUCAAGGAGAAGAAGACGAAGAUAGCGUUUUUCAGCGCUACGCCGCAAGGAGGUGGCGUGGCACUGAUGCGGCAUGCGCUCAUUCGCUUCUUUCGACUCGUGGGUGUGGAUUGUACGUGGUGGGUGCCCAAGCCGAAACCAGAGGUCUUUCGUAUCACCAAGACGAAUCAUAACAUCUUGCAGGCGGUUGCGAAGCCUGACGAGCGCUUGUCGGAAGAGCAGCAGGCUACGAUCCGAGACUGGGUGCAGGGGAAUGCCGAGCGCUUCUGGCUGAGAGAGGGCGGGCCGCUUACGCCCGCUUCCAAAGGCGGCGCCGAUGUUAUCAUUGUGGACGAUCCGCAGAUGCCGAAUAUCAUCGAUAUCGCGAAGGAGCAGGAUCCAGACCGACCCGUCAUCUUCCGCUCUCAUAUCCAAAUUCGCGCGGACUUGGCAGAUGACCCCAAGACGCCCACGGGCGGGGUCUGGUCAUGGCUUUGGCAGAGCGUGAGGCAUUCCGACCUCUUCCUUGCGCAUCCCGUCAGCGCGUUCGUCCCGAAAGAUGUCGAUCGCAAGAAAUUGGCAUACAUGCCUGCGACGACGGACUGGCUCGAUGGGUUGAACAAGGAGCUACGGGAUUUUGACCUGGAGUACUAUCAGCAUGAAUUCAACACGGAAUGUCUCCGACAGCGGAUGGUGACACUACAAUAUCCCGAGAGAGACUACAUCGUGCAGAUAGCGCGCUUCGAUCCCUCCAAGGGCAUUCCAGAUGUCCUGGCUAGCUAUGCGGAGUUCCGGCGGACGUCGUCGUUCUGCUCUGGCAAGUCGAAAGACGAGACUCCGCAGCUUGUCAUUGCAGGGCACUAUUCUGUCGAUGAUCCUGAUGGAGUGCGUGUACUAGAGGAGACGCUCGGGCAGCUGGAAAAUGAGUACCGGGACAUCAAGAACUGCGUGGUUGUCAUGCGCCUGGGACCGACGGACCAGCUUCUCAACACACUCAUGUCCAACGCGCGGGUCGCACUUCAGCUUUCCACGCGCGAAGGGUUUGAAGUGAAAGUCUCGGAAGCCCUACACAAAGGCGUCCCCGUCAUCGCCACCAGAACAGGCGGCAUUCCUCUCCAAGUCCAGCCCGAGAAAUCCGGCUUUCUCGUCGAGCCGGGAGAUCAUUCAGCCGUGGCAAAAUACCUGGAUACUCUCUUCACCGAUGCCCAGAGAUAUGAAAGCAUGAGUAAAUUCGCUGCUGCGCAUGUUAGUGAUGAAGUGGGUACAGUCGGAAAUGCUGUGAACUGGAUGUUUCUUGCCGAUCAGCUAUCGCAAGGGAGGGAAUUGAAGCCGAAUGGGAAGUGGAUUUGGGAUCUUGCGAAGGAUGAGGUGGGCGAGUUGGUGAGAGAGGAAGAAGUGCGGUUGCCGAGGGAUUGGACUACGUAG